AGUAAUGGCAACCUACACUUGUAUCACUUGCCGUGUGGCUUUCAAGGAUGCUGACAUUCAGCGCGCCCAUUACAAAACUGACUGGCAUAGAUACAACCUGAAGCGUAAGGUUGCUGACAUGCCUCCUGUCACUGCUGAGAAUUUCCAAGAGAGAGUCCUAGCCCAGAGAGCGGUAGCAGAAGAGCAGAACAAAAUCACUGCCACUUACUGCACAGUUUGCAGCAAGAGAUUCUCCACCUUCAAUGCCUAUGAGAAUCACUUGAAGUCCAAGAAGCACCUGGAAUUGGAGAAGAAAGCUGUUCAAGCUGUCAGCAAGAAGGUGAAAAUAUUAAAUGAAAAGAACCUGGAAAAGGGGCUGGCCCCAGAGAGUGUAAACAAAGAUGAGAUGAACACAGCUAUUCAGCAAGCCAUCAGAGCUCAGCCGUCUUCGUCUCCGAAGAAGACGCCUUUACCUCCUAGUAAUGCAAGCAGCUCUCCAGUUUCUACAGGAAGCGCCAGCUUAUCACAGAGUAGAGAACGAUCAGAAAAACCUCCACGGCUACAGUGGUUUGAACAGCAAGCAAAGAAGCUGGCCAAACAGCAAGCAGAGGAAGAAGAGGAUAUGGAAGAAGACUGGGAAGAUAUGGAUUCUGAUGAAGACAUCGGCUCUGAAGAAGAGAUGGAAAGUGAGGGAGAAGAAGGUGAGGAGCAGGCAAAUGCUGAAAGCUUUCCUGCUGUUGGGGCCAUACCGGUCACGGACUGCUUGUUCUGUCCCCACCAUUCAAGAUCUCUCACAAAAAAUGUGGCACAUAUGACAAAAGCUCACAGUUUCUUCAUUCCAGACAUAGAGUACCUUGUGGAUCUCAGAGGACUAAUCAAGUACCUGGGAGAGAAAGUUGGCAUUGGGAAAAUCUGCAUCUGGUGCAAUGAAAAAGGGAAAUCCUUCUACUCUACUGAAGCAGUACAGGCUCACAUGAAUGAUAAAAGCCACUGCAAACUCUUCACAGAUGGAGAUGCUGCCCUGGAAUUUGCAGACUUCUAUGAUUUUAGGAGCAGUUACCCUGAUCACAAGGAUGGGGAAGAUGUGGAGGUGCCUGGAGAGCGCCCAGCAGAGAGAGAGUUGGAUUAUGAUGAUGACACCAUGGAGCUGAUCCUUCCUUCAGGUGCAAGAGUGGGUCAUCGUUCUUUAAUGAGAUACUACAAGCAACGGUUUGGUCUGUCAAGAACGGUGGCUGUUGCGAAAAAUAAGAAAGCGGUGGGUCGGGUGUUACAGCAGUACAGAGCUUUGGGCUGGACAAGUCAGACAGGGGCAGUCUUUGCUCAGCAGCGUGAUAUGCAGUACCUGCAGAGGAUGAAGUCAAAGUGGAUGCUCAAGACAGGAAUGAGUAACAAUGCUACAAAGCAGAUGCAUUUCCGGGCGCAAGUCAGAUUCUGAAUUCCCAAGAGAGCUGCAUGCAACUGGUUUUGGGAAGGGGGAUUUAAUGGUUUCUGGGUCGAGGAUUCUCUUAUUACAAUGGACUUGG